AUGCCACCUUUGAAGAGAUAUGUUCUGAGAUUCUUCUUUUCACUGAAGUAUAUCACUGCUAAUAUAGUGGACAGGAACAAUGGUCAUAUUGUGGCAUCUGCAUCAUCUGUUGAACAUGAUCUGAAAAAGACAUUCGAAUGUGGCAGAUUCUGUAAUGCAAAGGCAGCUGUAACUGUGGGAGAAGUGUUGGCAAUGAGACUGAGGGUAGAGGGUCUUGAACAGGGACAGGGAAAUGGCAUCUAUGUUGACGUGAACGAAGAGGUCGAGAAAAAAGGUUUUAAGAAUCAGACCAAGGUCUGGGCAAUAGUUAACGCACUAAGAAACAAUGGAGUUAAGCUCGUUCUCAAUGAUGAUGAAGAUCAAGAUUCACAAUGUAGCUAUAGAAGAUGA